UCUUUAAGAUGUGACAAAGCAAUGGUAUCUUCUUUUAAGGAGCUUCCUGAUAGCUUCUGAUUUGUAAUAGGAUCUUUACCCUUCUUUUUGAUAUAUUUUCUAAUAGCUUUUCUUUCGUAAUGAUGGCCAUCAGGAGUGAUCACAGGAUCCUUCAUAAAUUCUCCAGUUAACUCACAUUUGCAACGGUUGAUUAUCUCAAUGAUACCUGCUGAGGCUUUUGAAGUAUCUUCGUUCUUAGGACUAUGAGAGACUCAUUCCCAAGAAUUCACAGAAUUGGGUAUUUCUAACCUAUUAAUUAUUUCAUCCCCAUUAUUUGUCAAAGUAUUUUCGGUAUCUUUACUAUAUUUAUAGCUCAUAGGAGCACUCUUUCCUUGGAGAGGAAUCAGUCUUGGUCUUUUCAGGAUAGAACUUAGUGAGUCAGGCUGCUUAAUUUGAUGUAGGUCAUCCUUAAAAAGAGCAUAAUUUUGUAUCUUGACUUUAUCAAAAGUUUCAGAAAAGGUAUCUCCAAACUCAUCCGAGCCUGUAUCUCCAAUCAAAUUUGCAGAUUUUCACUUUAAUCCUCUACUAGACACAGGUGCUUUUCUUUGCAAUGUUUGC